UCCGAGUCACCGUUAGCCUGUCAUCAUUAUCAUUGCAAUUAUAAAGUUUUCUCGAAAAGCAAAACACCCACAUAUAAUCGGUAUAUGCCGUAUAAAUUAAACAGUUAGAAUAGUUUUUUUCUAUUUCAAAUAGUCAUUUUCGUCGUUACGAUGGCCGGAAUCUCGAUGCAAGACAUCGAAGCGGUGGAUGACUAUUGGGGUCCAACGUUUCGUACAAUCCUUGAAGGUAAUUCGCAUGAUCAAAUUUCGGAACAGUUGGAGAGCCGGAUUCGCUCCCACGACAAGGAUAUCGAACGAAUUUGCAAUCUGUAUUAUCAGGGUUUUAUCGAUUCAAUACGCGAACUGCUGUUAGUCAAGUCACAGGCACAAGGUCUCAAUCAGGAAGUGCAAGCACUAGAUGGUGGAUUGACAAAAGCUUCCGCCGGAGUCAUUGCCAAGGGAAAUGAGCUGGUAAAAGCCAGAAAGGUUGAAGGCAAUAUUGCUGGAGCUAUCGAAGGACUUUCUAGUUGUUUACCUGUUUUGGAAUGUUAUUCAAAACUUUUAAAACAAGUCAAGGAAAAGAGAUAUUACCCAGCGUUGAAAACUUUGGAACUACUAGAAAACGAAUACUUGCCCAAAGUAUCGGGCUACAGAUUUUCGCAACAAAUGAGAGAAACCAUUCCUAAAUUGAAAGAAAACAUCAAAAAAUCUUCAGAAGAGGACUUUCGAGAGUUUUUAGAGAACAUACGUAAGUUUUCACCAAGAAUCGGUGAGAUCGCUAUGAAACAUACUAAGGAACUGCAGAAACGAGACUUAGAUACGAUAAUAGCUGAGUAUAAACAGAUGUCCCUCAACGGAGAAUGUAUUGAUGACGAAGAAGAUGUCAAUGCUCAGGAUCUAAUUGAUUUUUCUCCUAUCUAUCGCUGCUUGCACAUUUACACAGUUCUUAACGAUAAAGAAUAUUUCGAAAAAGACUAUCGUAAGCAAAGAAGAGAUCAGGCAAAACUAGUUCUACAGGCUCCACAAACUAUGCACGAUAAUUUGGAAGCUUACAAAACAUACAUAUACUCGAUUGUCGGAUUCUUCGUAGUUGAAGAUCAUGUCAUGAAUACUGGUGGAGAAAUCGUCACACAAACGUAUCUAGAUGAUCUUUGGUCCUCCUCUUUGACCAGAGCCGUGAAUGUUCUCAGUAUGUCCUCAUCAUCUUGUACAGAUCCUAAUAUUCUAUUGCGCAUUAAAAAUCUCAUCAUGCUCAGUAUUACAACUUUGAAAAACUAUGGCUACACUGUGUCACAGCUUUGGGAUCUGCUGCUGGAAAUGCGAGAUCAUUACAAUGAGGUGCUUCUUCAGCGUUGGGUCAAUGAAUUUCGCGAUAUUCUGGAUAAAAGUGAUUUUCUCCCACUUGAGGCACGUACCCAAGAAGAAUACGACGUUGUACUUGAGCGCUUUCCUUUUCAUUCCGAACAACUGGAAGCGCAAUCGUUUCCCAAAAAGUUCCCAUUCUCCCGGAUGGUACCCGAGGUGUAUCAUCAAGCAAUGGAGUUUAUGUACGCUUGCAUGAAAUUUUCUGAAGAAUUAACACUUUCUCCAAACGAAAUCGCAGCGAUGGUUCGAAAGGCGGCUAACUUGCUGUUGACUCGAAGCUUCAGCGGAUGCCUGUCUGCGGUGUUUCGUAGUCCAAGUUUGGCACUGAUGCAGGUUAUUCAGAUUAUCAUCGAUACUCAGUAUUUAGAAAAGGCUGGGCCUUUUCUGGAUAGCUUCGUGUGUAAGAUGACUGGUACUAGCCAGAAUGUGACACAGACACCGUCUGCGAUGUUUCAGGUUGCCCGUUCAGAAGCGGAGCAACAGGUAUCAACAAAACUUUGCUCUAAGCUAGAUGAAUUCUUUGAAGAACUGGAAGGGUACGACUGGUUGCUGCCAGAAAGCUAUGGUCACGCGUCACCUUUCGUUACGGACAUGAUAGCCUUUCUUCAAAGUACAUUCCAAAGUUUCUCCUACAUUCUACCAGGUGUUGCUCAAGCUGCCUGCCGUAAAGCGUGUGAACACGUCGCUACGCGAAUCUACAAAUUAAUAUUGUCUGAGGAAAUCAAGCAAAUCUCAGGUGGAGCAUUAGAUCAAAUUAAUUUGGACCUGAUGCAGUUUGAACUGUUCGCCGCUUCCGAUCCCGUUCCUGGGCUACGAGAGGGCGACUUGUCAAAAUAUUUCGCCGAGAUUCGUCAGCUUUUGGACCUACUGAUAUCGGAGGAUUGGAGUGCAUAUUUGCACGAUUUCGGCAAGGAUGAGAAUCGUUACUCGCUGGUGCAUCCCUCGACGAUCAUUGUGGUGUUGGAGAAACUGCGCGAAGCGGACAAGAAAUCGAUGCUCUCGUUGAUGAAGUCCAAGUCCGAGCGAGAUAAGAAAAAGCUACUUGAAACCGUACUCCGACAGUUGAAACAACUUGCGGAAAGACAAAAUUAAUUGUUCUUUAUAAUUUAUACAAAUAAAUGACAAAACGUCUAAGAUCGUGCUUCACCAA